GUAUACUAACACGUAACACCUAAUACGUAAGUACGUCUGUAAUUUUAGUAUUAACUGUACUGGAUAAAUUAUUUUUACCUACUCAUCCAUCCAAAACUUUAGGUGGUUCAAGUGCACCACCUUAAGUGCGUACUCGGCGCCACUGUGCGAAUGUGUGCACAUAGUACACUGUGUACACUACGGUGACAAUGUCGAUUUUGAUAGAUGAGACAAUAAUAUUAUGUGUUUUUAGUGGGUGUGGUUUCUUAGCAACACGUUGGGUCAAUGACUGAAAUUGUAUUAUAUAUAAUAUACACGAUAACAUGGUAUAGUGGCUGGUACCCUCGACGCUCUUGUUCCGUCCGCUUUAUUACAAUGAUUCACAUUUCGCGUGAUAGUGGCGUCGGUAUCGUAGACAAUUGCACUGAAUUGAAUCGGUAAAAUGUCCAGCUCUGAGCUGCACAAAGAACCGAAACAGCCUAAUAAUAACAACAACAGUAGUAAUAAUAAAAAUAAUAAUGUUAAACCACAGCAACAGCAGCAGCAAGAAAGGAAGAAGAAUAAAAAGAUAGACAAAGUACAAUGUGACGGCAGACUGAAAAUUAUAAUAAACAGAGAAAAUGAAUUGCGAGCCAGAUGGCCGGAACGGUGGGGGUUUUAUUCGAAAAAUAACGUGGAAAAAAUGUGGAGCGAACAUGCUGUCAGUUUAGGAUUACCGGAAAAUUUUAUUGAUCUCAGAAGACAAAAGCUACGUAAACAAGAUAGAAUUCAACCGUUGAUCGACGCAGUACCAUCACCAUUGCGCAUUCCCAUAACGUCGUCAGGUUUUAUAGGAUGGCGUUCUGCGCAAGGAAUGUGUAAUUUAGAAAUGUUUGGCAGGACUUUUGAUUACAAUAAAUUAGAUACUCGGAUGUUGAAACCAGACAACGAGCCAGAUCAAAAACAACAGAGAUUUAUAAUUCUAGGAUAAAUGUUUGGAAGAAUGAUGGCUAAAACAAUAAUAAUGAAAAUAUUAUUAUAAUUAUUACACAAUUCUGUUAGUCAAGAAGGUACUUAUACCUACCUAUAAAAAUAUUAAUUUUUUUUGUAUACCUUGAGCUGGUGACUUUUCUAAAAUCAAUGUUGAUUUAUUUAAAUAGCAACCAGUUCUUCUCAAUUUACAAAGUCAAAAAACACCAAGUGGUAAAUAAAAAAAACCAAAUAUUAUUCAAUUCAACAUAACACAAUGUGAUAAUAACUGGAAUUUAAUAUUGUGGUUUUUUUAAAUGUAUUUAAAUUUUAAAAAUAUUGUAAAUUUAAUUAAAGUGCG